CCUGUCUUUGGUGGCUUCCUUGAAGUGGCUCAGUGGUGCAUGCAGCCCCACAGUUCCUGCUCCCUCCAGCUAUGACUCACAGAAUCCUUCUGUUAACAGCCUUGGUCUUACUAAGUGAUGGGUUCAACUUGGAGACUGAAAAAGCAACGAUCUUCCAAGACAAUGCAAGGAGCUUCGGGCACAGCGUGGUCCAGCUUGAGGGAUCCCGGUUUGUGGUUGGAGCCCCCCAGGAGAUAAGGGCUGCCAACCAAACAGGUGGCCUCUACCAAUGUGACUACAGCACGGGCAAGUGUGAGUCCAUGCACCUGCAGGUCCCCCUGGAGGCGGUGAACAUGUCUCUGGGCCUGUCUCUGGCAUUUGCCACCAGCCCUUUCCGACUGCUGGCCUGUGGCCCCACUGUGCACCAAACUUGUAAGGAGAACACCUACGUGAACGGCUUAUGCUUCCUGUUUGGACCCAACCUAUGGCAGCAGCCCCAGACUUUCCCAGAGAAGCUCAGAGAGUGCCCUCGGCAGGACAGUGAUAUUGUCUUCUUGAUUGAUGGCUCUGGUAGCAUCAUCCCGAGUGACUUUCAGCGGAUGAAGAACUUUGUCUCAACUGUCAUGAAUCGAUUCAAGAAGUCCAAAACCUUGUUUUCUUUGAUGCAGUUCUCUGAAGAAUUCCAGACUCAUUUCACCUUCAAUCAGUUCAAGAAAAACCCUAACCCAGAAUUUCUGGUGAAAUCAAUACAACAGCUGUACGGGAAGACACACACUGCCACAGGAAUCCGCAAAGUAGUAAGACAACUGUUUCAUAGCAGUAGUGGAGCCCGGGAGAAUGCCCUUAAGAUCCUAGUUGUCAUCACAGAUGGAGAAAAGUUUGGUGAUCCCUUGGAUUACAAGGAUGUCAUCCCUGAAGCAGACAGAGAGGGGAUCAUUCGCUAUGUCAUUGGGGUGGGUGAUGCUUUCAACAGUCCAAAAAAUCGUGAAGAGCUUAAUACCAUUGCAUCCAAGCCUCCUCGUGAUCAUGUGUUCCGGGUGAAUAACUUUGAAGCUCUGAAGACCAUUCAAAACCAGCUUCAGGAAAAGAUCUUUGCAAUUGAGGGUACUCAGACAGGAAGUACCAGCUCCUUUGAACAUGAGAUGUCUCAGGAAGGCUUCAGUGCUGCCAUCACCGCUAAUGGUCUCUUGCUAGGUGCUGUGGGGAGCUUUGACUGGGCUGGUGGAGCCUUUCUUCAUGUGUCAAAGGAUAAAUUUACCUUCAUCAACACAACCAGGGUAGAUUCAGACAUGAACGAUGCUUACUUGGGUUAUGCUGCUGAAGUCAUCUUGAGAAGCAGGGUACAAAACCUGGUUCUUGGGGCACCUCGAUAUCAGCACACUGGCCUGGUGGUGAUAUUCAGAGAGAAUGCUGGUACCUGGGAGACCAAUGCACUUAUCAAGGGCAGCCAGGUAAGUACAGGGCAUGUGGAGUACAAAUGUGCAAACAGAGGCAGCCUGGGGGCUGAGAUUCCAGGAUGGGCAUCACCAGGUGCCAUGUGUAUCAGAGUUUUGUAAAGGAGGUUUCAGAGG